AUGAGCAGCCUGUUUGGCGGCGCGACUGCCAACAACAACCAGCAAGGCGGUACCGGACUGUUUGGCUCUGCGACUAACACGAAUGCUGGCAAUACUGGGGCGAGCUUGUUCGGGUCGAGCACAGCGCAGAACAACAGUGGUGGAGGAGGCCUUUUUGACAACGCGGAUAACAACACCCAGAACCAAAAUCAGGGUGGUAACACCGGAGGAGGGCUGUUCAACAAUAGCAAUGGUCUGAACCAGACGGGAAACACAGGAGGGUUGUUCGGGUCAAGCACUGUGCAGAAUCAGAACCAGAACCAGACCGGCAACACAGGACCGUUCGGAACAAGCACCACGCAGAACAAGCCAGCGACAGGACUGUUUGGGUCAGCUGCGACAACAAACAAGACCACUGGUGGAGGUGGAUUGUUUGGUGCGAGCACCACUCAAAAUCAGAAUCAGACCGCACAGAACAAUGCAGGUGGACUCUUUGGUGCAAGGCCGAACACCGGAGUCGGAGGGGGCAUGUUCAAUAACACCAACGAGAACCAGAACCAGAACCAAAACCAGAGCGGCGGCUUAAGUUCAAUCUUCGGCAACACUCAGCAAAACAACACUCAGAAUCAGAAUGCAGGCGGCUCUCUCUUCGGCGCCGCACCGCUCAUCCAGUCGCAACAGCAGCAACAGCAGAACCUUUCCGGAUCAAUGUGGCAUCAACCAACAGUUCAAGUCGGUCACUCCGGUCAUACCAUGAGCUCAGUGCAGCUCCAGAAGCUGCAGAUGGGAGGUGUAUCACAACCCAACGAGAAGAGCAUCAAAGAUCAGAUCACCACAGUCUGGAAGAAGUGGAAUCCGGACGGAGACGGACAAAACCCAGCCACGACUACGCUCAAGACAUACCUCUACAAUGCAGUACCCAAGGAGUACGCGCCCUUCUUCUAUCCAAAUGUAUCUCUCGGCGAGGACGAGCAGAGCUGGGAAGAGGCGUUGAGCCAAAAGCCCGAUCCGCCUAAAGUCGACGGGCAGGAAGUCGCAACCUUGGCAUAUGUGCCUAUCAUGUGCAAAGGGUUCGAGGCGAUGGGCAGACGAGUCGAGACACAAGCGAAGAUCGUGGAAGAGAUGCGAGUGCGGCUGCAUGAGAUGAACAACUCUCUGUCAGCAGUGAUGGAUGCGCAUCAGCAGAGAAUGACCGUCCGGAUAGAGACUGCAAAGAAGCAGCACCAGGUGCUCUCACAGCGGUGUCUGAGGCUCGCGGUGAAGGUUCAGGUGCUGAGGAACCGGGGUUACGCUCUGGAUGCUGCAGAAGAAGGACUUCGGAAGACACUGAUUGCGUUGGAGAAGCGGGUCAUGGAUCCAGGAUCCGCCGGCCGCGAAGAUGAGAUCUGGGCGAGGAUGGUGACGUUGCGCGAGAGGACGAGUUGGCUGGAAGAAGAAGGGAAGAGGGUCACGGCGCAGGUCGAUCAGCAGACCCGCCAAGGUCAGAACCCGAAAGCGAAUGGCGUACCAGAGAGCGUCCUCGCGAAGACGAAGGAGAUCCUGAAAGAUUACGACGAGCAGUUGCAGCACUUAAACAAAGAGCUGGAGGAUGUGAAGAACGAGUACGCGGAGUGGGAUGCGUCGCAGAGGAGACGGUAG